CUCACCACUUCGGGACCACCAAUUGGUAUCAGAGCAUACUUCUCACUAUCUACUUUUAGAUUAACGAGAAGCGAUCAUAAUGGUGAACAAUAUGGAUCACGGUUUGCCCAAGUUUUCUCUUCUAGGUUAUGAUGAUUGGAAGAUCAUGAUGGAAGCACAUCUCUACGCUCUACAUGAUUGCAUGUGGAUGGUGCUUGAGGAUGGACCCUUGAAAAUCCAAAUGAAGAACCCUGAGAGGAAUCCAGCUGCUCCAGACGUAGUCCAGUACAUUCCAAAGCCCAAGGAAAAAUGGGAUGAUAGAGAUUGCAAAAAGCACAAUCUGGACAACGUCGCCAAAGCAGCCAUCUUCAAGACACUUGAUCCCAUCACCUUCUCCAAGAUUAAGCAUCUCAAGACUGCCAUGGAGAUUUGGCAAGGUCUUGGGAAGCUAUGUGAGGGAUCAGAGGACCUGAGAAAGCAGAAGAUAGAAGUCCUGCUUGAGAAGUUCAAAAGCUUCAAAAUGCUUUCCGGAGAAUCAUUUGAUAUGUUGGAUGAAAGAUUCCACAAGAUAUUAAAUGAUCUUGCUUCACUUAACCACAUUCUUUCUCCCAAAGAAAAGAAUGUAAGGUUGUUGAGAUCACUCCCAACUGAGUGGUACACCAAAGCCAUAGCCAUGGAGAAAGGAAGAAACCUGGAGAACUACACUGUUCAAGGUCUCCUUGAUGCGCUCAGAACCUAUGAGCACGAGCUGAAGAAGAAGAAGAAGGAAGAACAAGUCACUCCCUUCCCCACGGCAUUGACGACAACUCCAAGAAUCCCAUCAAGUGAAGGGACAUGCACAAGAAACUGUGACACACCUUCCUCCAACCAGCCGUCAAGCUCAAAAAUGGAGAACUACGAUGAGGAAUUUGCCAUGAUGGUCAAACAAUUCCGGAAGUUCAAGAAGUUCUUCAAGAAGGCUGAUUCAAUCAGAAGGCCAUCCAAGGGAAAGCCACAGGUAAGUGACUCCCCUCCUGAGUCUUAUUUAUGCUAUAACUGCAGGAAGCCUGGCCACUGGAAGUCAGCAUGCCCGUACCCAAAGGUGGAGAAGUACGGAGAAAGAGAAAGGAACGAGAAGAAAAAGAAAGCAAUGGUUGCUACUGAAAGUGACGAGUCAUCCAGCUCAAGCUCAGAUGAAGAAGCCCUCGUCUGCAUGGAACGCAGAGUUGAGAAGUCCAACCAUGAGGAUAGGUGGACUAUGUCAGAAGAUGACACUCUCUGCCUAAUGGCCAAAGAUGAUGCUGAUCAAGAGGUAACCUCACAAACCUCCUGCUCAUCUUCUUAUAGCAUACCAACUUCAGAAAAUAUUUUUGACCAGUUCAAAAAGAUGAUGAAUGACUUUGAGGAGAUAAAUCUCAAACACUCAUCCUUAACAGAAGAGAACAAACUAUUGAGUGAAGAGAAUCUCAAGUUGACUGAAAGUCGGAAAAGUCAACUGAAUGAGAUCACUCAACUCAAGACUGAAAAUGAAUCUCUCUCUGAAAAGGUGAAAUCCCUUAACAAAGAGCUAGGGAUACUUAAGUCCCAAGAAGCAGUGAACAAGCUUCUUGAAACGACCAAACAAAAGGGUCGCAAAGGACUUGGGUUUGACCCCUCUAGUUCCAAAGGGAAAGGGAAAACAACUUUCAUCCCUCCUAAACCUACUGUCAGAUCAAAUAAGCAGAAAGGGAAGGAAAAGGAGAAACCAACAGAAGUUCCCAAAAAGGUAGUCCCUCCUAUGAACUAUAGGAAGCUGGACAGACCACAAAAAGGAAACAAUUUCAGAAGAAAACCUUCUAACCCCCAAUAUACACGAGGCUAUACUCAUUAUGGGGUAGACAGGAGUUUUCCGAGAAAUUCUGAGUGGAGAACUAUGCAGAGAUAUAGUCAUCCUCCAUCUCAGAAACUAUUUGUGCCACCUAAGUAUGCUUAUAACCGACACAGGUUACUCCUUGGAUUCUGCAAGGACAUGGCAUCUCUCAAGAACAUCUCCACAAAUGAAGUCAUUCUCACUGGGAAGAGAAUCAGGAACAUCUAUCAAGUGAUAUGGAACGAUGUCAAGGAAGCAUGUUUAAUCAGCAAAGGUGACACUAACCUUCUAUGGCUUUGGCAUAAGAGGUUGAGUCAUCUAAACUUCAAAACUCUCAACAAGCUAUCUAAAGAAGGGUUAGUAGAAGGCCUUCCCAAAGCUGUAUUCAGGAAGGAAAGCAUUUGUGAUGAUUGCCAGAAAGGAAAGCAAAGAAGUGAAGGGACUCUCAUCAACCAAGCCAAGUACACAAGGGAUCUUAUCAAGAAAUUCAAAGUUGACCAGAAGUCAUCCGUUUCUGUCCCCAUGAGUACAUCCACCAAGCUUGAUAUGGAUGUAGAUGGAAAGGAAGUAGAUCAAACUCUCUACAGAGGAAUUGUUGGAUCUCUACUCUACCUUACUGCAAGCCGUCCGGAUAUCUCAUAUGCAGUAGGUGUUUGUGCCAGAUUCGAGUCAAAGCCAAAGGAAAGUCAUUUGAUAGCAGCUAAAAGAAUUCUUAGAUACCUCAAAGGAACUCAGAACAUGGGUUUGUGGUAUGCUAAGAGCAAUUCAUUUGAGUUAGUGGGAUACUCAGAUUCUGACUUUGCCGGAUGCAAAGUUGACCGGAAAAGUACAUCUGAUCUUCUCACUCAAAUUUCUGAGAAAAUGAAGAUUGUUGGCGCUAAUAUCCAUUUCCAGAAGUUGGAAGCCAAGUGCUCCUCACCAACGUUCUAUCAAUCCUAUCUGGAGAUGAUUGCUGCUCAAGAGCUCUCCGAAUUCCUUCAUAAGGAGAUUCGAUUCAAGUAUGAGAACGAAGUUCUUGAAUUCUACAAGAAUGGAAAGAAGAAAUUGGGAGAAAAGCUUCACCUUCCCAAUUCUGGAGUUGAAAUUGGGAGACUUCCAGCCAAGAAUCUGGAUUGGAACAUUAUUGGAAUUUCUGGGCAAGCUCCCUCUGGCCCAGCGAAGAAAACUAAUCUGAACAACGACUACAAGCUAGUCCUUGAACUGGUCAUCGCAUGCCUCGAAUGUGGAAGUGGAGGACAUGCUGAUGACAUCACCCAAGAGAGGGCCUUCAUCAUCAAUGCCCUCAUUACCAAGUCUAAGUCCUUGGGUGCUGCUUCUGAAGGAAAGAAGUAUAAAGCCAGAUAUUGGCUAUACUAUCUGUCUUCCAAAGGGGAAAACAGAGCUGGUGCUAGCACAACUGUAGAGGAAAGCUCUUCAGACAAUGUCCUUAUCAUGAGUCUGAACAAGUCAGUAAAGAGGAAGCAAGUGGUGUCUCCCUCUCCCAGUGCUGAAGCACCACAAAACCUUGCUCCAAUUAAUCUUGAAGAAGAAGAAGAAUUCUCUGCCCAAGGAGAACUACAAAGGAAAAAGAAGAGGAAAAUCACCUCUCCCUCAACAUCUGGAUAUGUCAAUCCGGAUGAGUUGAAGGAGAAGGAAACAACUGAGGAAACCUCUGCCCACAACCGGAGUCCUCAACAACUUGAAGAAGAAAUUCCUCAAGUUCAGAAUUCUCCAACUUCCUCACAACCUCAAAUUGAUGACGCUGAGAAUCAAUUCUGGCAGCUCUACUCUUACUGGAGAGCUUGGAAAGUUGGAAAUUCAGCAGAACAGUUGUUGAGUUGGGACCAGCAACUGAAGAAUGAGAAGAUCAUCAAGAAAUGCUUAGGUCUGCCAGUCAACUAUUGCUGUGAGCAAAUCCUGGAUGUUGACUGGGUAUGGCAAAGGAACUAUGAAGAUUUGCAUCUAGAACACAUGGUCACCUCACCAAUUUCAGAAUUCGAAGUGGAUGAUGAGGAUCCUGCAGUAUACAAACCAGUCCUCUCAAAAACCACAGAAGACCAAGUGGUUCUCACUUCUGAAGCACAGGCUAACUUGGUAACAACAGCUGAGGAUUUCCAAAUAUUUCCGGAAACCUCAUCUGCCUUUGAAACUGCUCUACCUGAAGCUGCAAUUUCUACUCCACAAAAACAGAACCAGGAAGGAUCAAAUGAAGAACUCCAGCAACUUCUCCAUUCUGAAGCUUUAGAGAUUCUCACAAAUCCUUGUGAGAUCACCAAUCCUACUAAAACUGAGAUCCCAGAGAAAUCAGCAGAAAAUCUGGAGAUGUCCAAAACUCCAGAAACAAAUGAAGCUCAAGAAGAGCAAGCUGUAGAAGCCCAGAGAAGUUCUGCAGAAGCUGAGAAGGAAACUCAAAUGGCAGAACUGGAGGCCUCCGAAUCUCCAGUAGCCAUUUUUGAAGAACAGAAUGAAGCUGAAGAAAGAGACUCCCUCUCUAGGGAUAUAUCAAAUUUUACACUUGGGGAAGCAGAAGAAGAAUCUGAAAGGACUCUGAAGAUCAAUGAUGAAGAAGAUGUACAAGAUGAUGCUGAAUCUCUUCCUAUGCAACUCUUCCAAAGAACACCCUCUUCUAAUCAGGUAACCAACUUCCAUUUUCAUAGCUCUCCCAUUCCUACUCUUCCGGAUGAGGUACCAGAAAUCUGGACAAAGAAGGUCCAAGGGCUGAUUGAAUCAGCUCUAGCAUCUCAACAUGCCUCCUUUAGGCAAGAGAUAGAGCAGAUGGAAGCCAGGCACAACAAACUGACUGAGAAAUCCGAAGAGACACACUGCUCCAAUCUCAGAGAGAUAAGCAAAUCAGUGGAUAAAACUCUAGAGAUCUUAUCUCUAUUGAGUAACACUGUGAGCAACACGAUGGAGACAUAUGCAUCUGACAGUUAUCUUCAACUCAAGGAGGUUAACAAAAUCAGAGAGCAAAUAGCAAAUGUCACAAGAAGCAAUCCGGAAAACUCAACACAACGCUUAUCCAGCUCAGGAUUGGAUGGAACAGAGGCUGUAGGAACAAUUGCUGCUCACUUCUCAAAUGAAAAUCAAACAGAGGAGAGACGUAACAACAUAAGGCGCAUCAAAGAACUAUGUGGAAACAUGCAAGGCAUCAGGGAGAUUGCCGAAUCUUCAAAGCACAAGAAGCACUGAAGGCUUUUUUCAUCAAACCAGGGGGAAAAGUAUGUGAAAACAUUAAUUUGCUUCGAUGAAAACACCUUCUUCUUUAAACAUUGCUUUAUUUGUUUAAACAUUGCCUUAAUAUUUCUCUUAAAUAUGCUUACUAUGCUUGAUUAUACCUAAUUCAAGUAUGAUUUUGAGAUUUAUCCCUAGCGCAUACAUUUAGGGGGAAUGUAAUUCAGGGGGAACUUAACUAGUUUUUGGCUAACAAUUGUUUUUGGCAAUGAAUUAUUGAUGAGCUC